CAUAGCCCUCCUUCAGACUUCCUGCUUAGGGACGAGCUUGCUGAAUGUGGGUCCUCGUUUCUUCUGCUGCGCGUAGCAACAGCAGUGGGGUGGUCUUGCUCUUUCAAUGCAGGAGGGCCAGCUCCUCUGUCUGGACAGGAGGACCCCCUGAGAAAUACAAACCUAAAUUCUCCUUUCUUUCUUUUUUGUACCAGCUUAUAUUUGUGAAAGAGACAGGCAUUUUGAGGUACCUGCUGUUUCAGAUGCAUUACAGCGGGGUGCAGUUUUGCUCCUUGUGAGAAAUGGUCUCUUUCCUCAACAAACAUCCCAUACAGAAAGACACCCAGUAGAGAUGAUGUGGUUUAUGUUCCUCUCCUCUAAACUCUGCCACUCCCCAAAGUUAAAUAUAGGUUUUCUCAUGACUCUGGGAUUCAAAUAUUCGAUUUCCUCUCCUUAUUGGCCCUUUUAGAGCAAUUCUCACACGCCAACCCUUGUUUUCAUUUCACCAAUCUCUCACCUUCUCAAAACAAUGUAUGAUUUCUAACAUAGCCCUCCCAUUCAGAGUUCAGGAGCCAGGUUUUCUCAGUGGAACACGUUUCUCUUAUUUUCGGGUGGUAUCUACUAUCUCUUGGAAAAUAGGAAACUUCUAGCACCCCCUCCCCCAAUUAUGGAUAAACCAUUCAGAAUUGGGAAGAUUUGAGAGUCUUCUAAGUUUUUUUAAAAAAACAAACCCCCAAACCAUUCUUUUCCAUCCACAGGCUGCCCAGUGCCAUGCGGUGCCUCCUCGUCAGCCAAGACAAGCGACAUGAUCCAGUUCUUCUGCCUGAUGGUGUGACUGUGGUUCUGGGCAGGGGACCUGAGACUCUCGUCACCGAUAAAAAAUGCUCCCGGACACAAGGUGAGUAAUUUUUCUCUUGUUAGGAAUUUUUCUUUUCCUGCUAGUACAAUCCUCUCCAAUCAUUGUGCUUGGUCUAAUGUUGAACUUUCUGAGAUUCUUUGUACAGCAUUUGACAGAUUGUUCCUUCUUGUUCAUCCCCUUGAUUGGGUCACUCUCAGGGACACAACCUUCCAAGUUCCGUAUGUCAGCAGUGGGCAGGGCCAGAUGCGAAAGCAGCUGCAGCAACAAAUAUGAAUUUUAACCAGGUAUAAUAGGCUGGUUUCCAUGCAGGCUCACACUCCUCAAUGCAGGCAAGCAAGAGGCCUUGUCGAGAGUCGAAGGACACAUUCCAGCCAGGCAAACAGCAGUAGGCCUGGUGAGAUGUGUGGCCUGAAGAGAGAGAGAGAAAAUAUUUAGGCUUCUGGUAUAUGACUAACUCAAGUGACCCUAUAGCCUACACCAGACAUGUUCAACUGGUCAACCACGAUCGACAGGUAGAUCCCCUGGUGAUCCUGGUCGAUCGCGGGAUCCUUAUCGAUCACGAGCUUAGAAAAACUUCGGAAUGAAUGUUUCCACCCCUUGCCCCCCUCAGUCUGUUCCUCUAUCACACCAAGUGGGCAGAGUUCGGUGUUUUAUCAUUGUGGUGUGGAAUACAGUGAUUGACUUUAGUGGUGUGUGCGUUUGUUAUUGGUGGAGUGUGAGAUGAGCGAAGUAUUUCAUUCUCCCUUAAAAAAAGUUCAACAACUGUGUUCUCCCCCCCCAAAGCUCAACAAUUCUGGUCAAUCCUCAGUGACAAUUGGUAGAUCACUGCCAGUUUUUUACACUGGGAGUAGAUUGCAAUCUCUUGGGACUUGGACGGGCCUGGCCUACGCUCCUUUAUUAGUAAUGCUCUACUUUCCUGGAACUCCUCCAAGUGAAGUUGUGUGGUUUUUUCCUUUUUGUUCUGCCUGACUGCACCCCAUGGCUUUAAUGUCUGCUGCUCUGCGGGAGCCACAGAACGAAAACAGAACUAAGUGCAGAUAUGGAUGACAAAUCUGAGCACUUCCUGGGGGGAGAAGUAGUUGCAAGAGUUUCCAGGCAUCAGGAACUACAGAGAGCUAGUGCAGUGUAAAUGUCCACCAUGCUGGACAGGUCAAGGAGACCUGGGCACAAUCCCUGUUGGGCCAGUCAUUAACUUUCCUGCCUAGAACUUGCCUUACUUGGUUGUGAGAUUAAAAUGGAGGUGGUGGAGAUGUGAAAUCCACAAACAGUCAUACCUCAGGUUGUGUCCGCUUCAGGUUGCGUUUUUUUGGGUUGCGGACUGCCAAAACCUGGAAGUACCGGCAUGGGUUACUUCCGGGUUUCGGCAGCUGCGCAUGUGCAGAAGUGCUAAAUUGCGCUUUGCGCAUGUGCAGAAACGCCGAAUUGCAACCCGCACAUGCGCAGACGCGGGUCGCGAACGCUGUGGGUUGCGAACGUGCAUCCCACACGGAUCACGUUUGCAACCCGAGCGUCCACUGUAAUCUACAUUGAGCACCCUCAAGGGAAAAGCUGGAUGCAAGUGAGAUCAACAUCUGCCCCUUCCUUUGCAGCUUCUAGAAAUGCUACCUUCCCUGAUGCCUGUUCAUGCCUUUCCAGCCACUGGGGCCGGCCCCGUCAUUGGGCAAAGCGAGCCAGAAGGGGGAGCAGCAAUAGCACUUUUCCCACCACCACCACCCUGUCAACAUACACACACAUGCACACUUCACCACCUUAUUGCCUCUGAGCUGGUAAUCCCAAUUCUUAGCUGGUCCACCCUGACAACACACGCUGUAGGAAAUGGAGUGAUUGCCACGAUGGGAUGGAAAGCAGGCAGUACCUUUGCCAGUGGAACUCUGCAUGCAGUGCAGUAGAAUGACUUCGUUUUUUGUGCCUUCCUUUCGCCUGCUUUGCCAGUGGGAGGCUUUCUUCUUUCUUUCUUAUUUUACCUUUCCAUUGCUUUCUACCCAUUUUCCAUUUUGUAGAUAAUAUGUUUUAUUAAAUUUCCACAAAUUUCACAUAAAAUUCCAGUACAUAAUAUUUUUUUCUUUUGUCGACUUCCCAUCCCAUCAUCCAUGGUGUUUUUUUAAUAAUUUCCGUGGUACUUAUUUCUGUUGAAUAAUUAGAGAUUAUUGUAUUAUGGUUAUUGUUAUGUACUGAAGUUCUCACCCUGGGCCAGCAGGGGGAUACUAUAGAUAGUUAUGCAAAUGAAGGAUCGAAAGUGACGUUCAGUGAUUGGAUAGUUUUAGAAAGUUGACUGAACCCUUCAGUUCAGUUCUGUUCUGUGAAUAAACAAGAGCUGUUUGAAGAAUCGCUGUGUCGUCUGAUACGUUCACCCACAACUUAACACUGGCGACGAGGGUAGGAUUGAUGGACAUCAGAGCACAGCCAGAUGCGGCCACCCUGAUAUAAAAGAGUGAAUAUAGAAUUCAGCAGAUAGAUAGAAUACAAUAAUCUUGAAUUAUUUCUGCUUUCUACCUAUUUUAAUUUCCCUCUGGUUUCUUGAUACAGUGGUACCUUGGUUCUCGAAUGGCUUGGCUCCUGAAUGCUGCAAACCCGGAAAUAUGUGUUCCAGUUUGUGAAUGUUUUUUGGAAGCUGAACAUCUGACGCAGCUUUCACUUGAGUGCAGGAAGCUCCUGCAGCCAAUCGGAAGCCGCGCCUUAGUUUUCUUACUGUUUCGGGAGUCAAACUGACUCCUGGAAUGGAUUAAGUUUGACAACCAAGGUACCACUGUACUGCUUUUUAUUAUUAUUAUUUAUUAUUACUUCCUCCAUUUUCUCUUUCCUCCUUUCGCCUUUCUUCCUCUCCCUCCCCACCCACCCAUAACUCCUUAAAAAGAAAAAGCCCAGCACCACCAGUUCCAGUUCUGAUUUAGUCUUGUGUUUUGAUGAAUAUAUGGCAAAAUAUUGCUCAAAAAAAGAUAUGCUAAUAUGCCUAGAGUAAAAUGUGAAGUACUGGAUGGAAGAAAAAUUAGUAAGGAAAGAUAAUAAGAAUAUAUAGGUGAUUUGAGAAGGUUGUAGAAUGCAAAGAUUAUUGUAAAUUGUAUAAUGUGGAGGAAAUCGAGUGGGGGCGGAGGGACGUGGGAGGAAGGAGAAAAGAAUAAUAUGAUGGAUUGAGGAAACAGAAAUGUAAAUGUCUGGGGGGAUGGGGAGGAAAUGGUGUUGGCUUUGGUACAUCUGUAUUGUAAAGUAAUAUGUGCAAACCAAUAAUAAUAUUAAUAAUUUCUUUUUCAAAAAAUAAAAUAAAAUGAUUUAGUCUUGUGAAUUAAUGAUUCCAUUUGUGAAAUCUGGGUCUUCUAGACAUGCCUUGCGGGUGUAACCAGCCCUGUUUUCUCUUUCUGUUUCCUCGCAGUGGAGUUGCUGGCCAAUUAUGCCUAUAGAUCCGUCCGAGUCACGCAGGUAAGACAGGGAGAGUUCAGAUCGUCCCAGUUCCGAGCCUUGUGUGUGUGGCUCUGCUCGUACGGGAGUCUUGUUUCCCUAGGAGGGUGAAGCAGCUGUUCUGGGUGUCUGGUCACACUUGGGCCCCCUAAUGUAUUUUGGUGUGUUGACAGCGAGGGGUGAACCCCACGUCGGUGGAGGAGAUACACCUGCGUUGUGGGGACAGCACCACGCUCCAGGAGGGAGAGACUCUGUGCUUGGUGAAUGGGCUGUAUCCCUACCGCAUCCGUUUCGAGGAAGAUUCCCGCUCCCCGAAGAAAACCCUGCUGGAGUUCUUCAGUCCCCGGCGCCCCCUGAAAAAAGAGGAGGAUGGCAAGGCCCAGCCUGCCAAGCGGCCCAAGACCUCCUCGCCUUCCGAGGACGAGGAAGACGACGACGUCGACCCCUCGGUGGCCGAGAAAUUGAGGCAGCUGCAGGAGACGGCAGCGCAAGCCCAGCGGGCGCAGAGCCAGCCUCGCCGGCAGCUGCAACUCUCGCAUCAGGCUCCCCAGCCGCACGACUCCUGGGAGGACCAUGGCAAGCUCCUGGUCUUCACAAAGAAAGGGGUGCUGCCCAGCGCCAAAGUAAGGCCUACAGCUCUCAGCAGGAGCUGGCACUGCUUCUUGUGGGCUGUGUUAGAGUUGUUUAGGCCCAUGUGCUAGCUGAGGCUGAAUGGGAAUUGUAGUCCAAAACACCAGGAGAACACAGGUGGCAGGAGGCUGCUUUGGGGAAAGGUUCUGGUUCCAUCUUGCGCCCCACCCUGUCCCCUUCUUUAAUGUAAGAAAGGCAAAUUUUGGCAUCACUUGCCUGGAACCGUAGGCCAAAAGUCAGCUUAAAAUAAUUAAAACAUCAGAAAAUGGUAAAACGGGAUAAAUAACCAGCGCUGAGUAAAACUCAACUCUCUGUCAAAUUAACUUUCUAAUUGUUAACAUGGAGGUCUGUUUAUUGUAUUUUGUAGCUUAUUCUUUUUGCCACAAGAUUCUUUGGGUACUUUUUUUUUUUAGAAAGACGUGAUACAAAUGUCUAAAGUAAAACGUCUACAGGACAUCAUCUGGGCAGGUUGGGCAAUACAGUGGUACCUCGGGUUAAGUACUUAAUUCAUUCUGGAGGUCUGUUCUUAACAUGAAACUGUUCUUAACCUGAAGCACCACUUUAGCUAAUGGGACCUCCUGCUGCUGCUGCGCCACCGGAGCACGAUUUCUGUUCUCAUCCUGAAGCAAAGUUCUUAACCCGAAGUACUAUUUCUGGGUUAGCAGAGUCUGUAACCUGAAGCGUAUGUAACCUGAAGCGUAUGUAACCCGAGGUACCACUGUAUACUCUUCAACCAGGCCUUUGUUUAAUUAAUAUUCUCCAGCCUUUAAAACGUGGUGUCCUGUGCAGGCUCACCUGAGAGAUCUCGGUAGGGCUACUCAAAACCAGGAAGUGGGGAAGCAAUGUUGCUUUGGGGGAUAGUUGGAAGUUGAGGCUUGACGCCAGCCUAGGUGAUCCUUGGCCCUCUUUCUGCCUCUCUGCCCAGGUUGCAGGUUUCGAUCUGGAUGGGACCAUAAUCACCACGCAGUCUGGGAAGGUGUUUCCUACGAGCCCCGAUGACUGGAGGUGAGUGUGGGGCGAGAUACCAGGGAGGCGGGGGAGGGGAGGGAAUUAUGGGCAGCCAGCAUGGUCCAUGGCAAAACCUGUGUUGAUCUAGGUGCAGAGAGGCCCGAGUUCAAAUCCCCCACAACCAUGAAGCUCAUUCUGCCAGCCCAGUGCACCUCCCAACAAUUAAUGUGUGGGUCAGGCAUUGGGUGGGGGGAAGUCACUACAUAUGCCACCAUGGGCUGCUUGGAGGAAAGACAGGAGGGGGAGUAAUAAAAGUGAGACUGUGACCUAGUGGUUAGAGCACCGGGUUCGGACAAGGGAGACCUGUGUUCGUUUCUUUAUUUUAUUCCAUUGCACAACACGUAUAUACCACUUUAUUGUACUAAAACCUCAAAGUGGUUUAUGAAAAGAAGCCCAGACACACACACACACACACACACACACACACUCUUUGGCCUACUUUACAGGGUUGUUGUAAGAAUAAAGGGUGGGGAGGAAAGCCGAGGACACUGCCUUAAUUUCCUUGGAAGAAGGGCAAGCUAAGGAAUGUAAUAAAUAGAAGGGAGAAUAUUCCUACUCAUGGGGCAAAGUGAGAAGAGCUCCCUGGUUGUGGUUGUGAUCCUGCAUUGCAGGGGGUUGGACUGGAUGAUCCUUGGGGUUCCCUUCCAACUCUACAUUCCUGUGAUUCUAUAAGAGUGACAUCAGGUUCUUGUAGGACAAGGGCACUAAAACGGGAGCUUGUGCUGGUGUUUCCGCGUUGUACUUUGCACUCUAAUGUCAUCCAUAGCAACAUGCCAUCAGCAUUGGGGUCAAACUUGGGCCUCUGGCUGUUUUUUGAACUACAACUCCCAUCAUCCCUAGCUAGCAGGACUAGUGGUAAGGGAUGAUGGGAACUGUAGUCCAGAAACAGCUGGAGACCCAAGUUUGGGAAGCCCUGCUCUAGAUGGAGUUGGACUACAAUUCCCAUCAUCCCUGAAUGGCCAGGCUGGCUGAGGCUGAUGGGAGUUGGUAUCCAUCAAUACAGAACAACAAACCCCUGUGUUGCAAACUUAACACAACAAACAAUACAAGCAACACGAAGACCAGUAUACUAGAUAGCACUGCAGUUCCUACUGCGUGAUAUACAUGAUUUAGUACAACAAAAACAAAGCGUGUACACUUGUAAAUUCUCUAAUAUAUUUGAAAUCAAAUGAACACACGUCUGUCAAUCUUGGAAAGUCGGUGAAAGUAUAAUAAGUCUAUAGUUGAAACAAAGUAAUAGAUGCUAUCCUGUGGGCUAAUCGGUAAAACUUUUUUAGGCAUUCAUGGUGCCAAAGUGUUGUUGUUGUUGUUUAGUCGUUUAGUCAUGUCCGACUCUUCGUGACCCCGUGGACCAGAGCACGCCAGGCACUUCUGUCUUCCACUGCCUCCUGCAGUUUGGUCAAACUCAUGCUGGUAGCUUCAAGAACACUGUCCAACCAUCUCAUCCUCUGUCGUCCCCUUCUCCUUGUGCCCUCCAUCUUUCCCAGCAUCAGGGUCUUUUCCAGGGAGUCUUCUCUUCUCAUGAGGUGGCCAAAGUCUUGGAGCCUCAGCUUCAGGAUCUGUCCCUCCAGUGAGCACUCAGGGCUGAUUUCCUUCAGAAUGGAGAGGUUUGAUCUUCUUGCAGUCCAUGGGACUCUCAAGAGUCUCCUCCAGCACCAUAAUUCACUGUUCUGACUGGAAUCUUCUUCAGUACAACCCAUAGAUUAGAAAAAUGCACAUGGAGCAGUCGUCACGAGGAUAUGCAUCUAUUACUUUGUUUUUGUUGUACUAAAUCAUGUAUAUCAUGGAAUAAGAAUUGCAGUGCUAUCUAGUAUACUGGUCUUCGUGUUGCUUGUAAUGUUUGUUGUGGGAGUUGGUACCCAGCAACCCCUGGCGCAUCACAGGCUGCCUGGGUUAGGUGACGCAUUCUCAAAGUAAAGGAAGGAUUGAACUCUGAUUAAUAAGAAUACACACAGAGGCUUGAACCAGCAAGACUCUGGGAAGGGUGCGUAUAAUAAUCUCUGUCUCCAGCCCCUGGCCCAGGUCGUUUUAUUCACAAAAGAGCUUCUUACAGAGUGUUCGUAAGAACCAAUCAGAUUUCUUCUGAGCAUUUCAACAAACCCCACGUGGGGACAAAGUUCACCUACAAACACUAGUUAAGCAUGCAUACUUUUGGAGUAAAUGAAUGAAAACUACAAAGGAGUGCAUUCAGCAAUCCUGGAGGUCAUAAACAAGCAAUACACAUGAUAAGAAGGACAGCGAUCAUUAUCACCUUCAUGUGAAACUUACAGUGGUGCCUCGCAAGACGAAAUUAAUCCGUUCCGCGAGAGUCUUCGUCUAGCGGUUUUUUCGUCUUGCGAAGCAAGCCCAUUGACGGAUUAGCGCUAUUAGCGCUAUUAGCGGUUUAGCGGCUAUUAAAGGCUUAAAGGCUUAGGGAUUAGCUGCUAAAAGGCUAUUAAAGGCUAUUAAAGGCUUAGCAGAUUAGAUAAAGGGGGAAGCGAAAAAAAUCUCAAGACUCGCAAGGUAUUUUCGUCUUGCGAAGCAAGCCCAUAGGGGAAUUCGUCCUGCGAAGCAACUUCAAAACGGAAAACCCUUUCGUCUAGCGGUUUUUCCGUCUUGCGAGGCAUUCGUCUUGCGGGGCACCACUGUAUUUCCUGGCCCUAAGAUUAACAUAUCAGAAAAGCUACAGCAAAGAAACUGCCCACUGUCUUUGAUGACCCAGGACGCCUACCUGUCUGUGUACGUGACUUGUCAAGAAAGAGAAAUGGAACAGGAAUGCAGAGGUGUGGACUGAUUAAGAAUCAUAUGAAAAUAGUUUAAACCCAGUCAAUGCAAUGCUUUCAUAGCUGACACAGAUGGCUUACUCUAUAUUUGUUAUAAUUCCUCAUAGCAAUCCCACCUGAUCACUACAGUUAGGGAGAUCAGCACUCAGUCAUUGCCCUUCACCCCUUUCUGUUUUGCAGAAUCCUGUACCCCGAGGUUCCCCGCAAGCUGAAGCAGCUUCAGAGCGAGGGGUACAAGGUAAUGCACCUUCCCCAAACCAUGUUACUCGCUCCAGCUUCUCCUCUCCUCUUCUCACCUCUGUGUUCUUCUCUCCUGCAUCUCUGCCCUCUCUUCCCCACCCCACCCCAACCCGGCAGGUUGUGAUCUUUACCAACCAGAUGGGCAUCAGUCGCGGGCGCCUCAGGCCCGAAGUUUUCAAAGCCAAGGUGGAAGCAGUGGUGGAUCGGCUUGGCAUCCCCUUGCAGGUGAGUCGGGGCAGGGAGGACAGUGUAUCUCCCAGAAUGCUUUGCAAAAGGGAAGUUGCCCAUUGAGCAGGGAAAGUGGAGUGGGCUUUGGAAGCAAACAUUUUAUGGUAUAAGUGCCACCUGCAGAAUAGAAGAGGGUGGCUUUGUUUGUGUAUGUGUGUGAGAGAGAAAGAGGAAGAAUGGAAAUGGUUUAUUGAAUAUUUACAGAUAAAUUGAAAACAGACAGAAACAUUAGCAGGAUUAUUGUAAUAACCGGCAGUUUCAUAAGAGUGUAUAUUUAUGGUAGAUAAUUAAAUGAGCAAAUUAAAUGAAUUUGGAUAUGGAGAAGAUAUUAAAAAAAAUAAGGAACCGUAGAAAGGGGGAAGGAAGUCAAAUUUUGAAAUGUUAAAUUGAUUGUAAAACUAAUGAAACGUAUAAACUCGAAAAGUAUAAAUAAAAACUUUUAAGAGAGAGAGAGAAAGAGGAAAUGAAGCUGAAAGAGUUAAAAACAGGUAGAGGGCUUUGGGGGCUCCAAGGGCCUUGUGGGUAAUUGCCCAGGGGCCACGUCCUAGCAGUGGACAGGAAGUGACAUAAACAGGAAGUGACAUAAACAGUUAAUCCACACACAUACAUGCAUCCACAUGCUCUCCCCAACAUUCACAGAGCAGCCAUAGAAUCGUAGAAUUGUAGAGUUGGCAGAGACCACGAGGGUCAUCUAGUCCAACUCCCUGCGAUGCAGGAAUCUUUUCCCAUGGUGGGGCUCGAACCCACAACCCACAACAAUUAAGAGUCUCAUGCUCUACCAGCUGAGCUAUCUAUUUAAACCUCCUCUCGCCCAGCACACUCUCUCUCUCUCUCUUUCUUUCUCUCUCGCUCUCUCCUCCCUAAUCUCUCUUUCUCUUCUCUCCCCACCCCAGCCCCCACAAAUUUACAAUUAGGGGAGAAAAUAUCUCAUUCCCAAGCCUAAGUCCCUCAGUUGCUGUUCUGCUGUAGUUUCCAGGGAUUUGCAGCCAUGCGCAAAGAUCAAGGCGAUGCAGAAUUCGAAACGGUGAACUGUUCCCAUUUCCUGUUCUCCAGCCAGUUUAAUAUAUCUCGCCUCGUCCCCCAUUGGGCGUGGGCUGGGGCUCAGCCAAAGUUGCUGGUUGUCAGUAGAGACACCCCAGACUUUGGCCCAGAGAUGUUUGAUCAAGGAAGGGAAGGAGAGAUUGAAAACACUAUGAAAAUAAAACGCCAGGAUGUUUUUUAUCUGGACAAGGCUGGGACAAUCUCACCCUGCUGCCAUCCUUCCCCUCCCAGGUCUUCGUGGCGACUGCUUCUGGCGUUUACCGCAAACCUGUCCUCGGCAUGUGGGAGCACCUGUGCAAGAAGGUGACUUGAGACUUCACGUAUUGUGACUUUGCUGUUAGUUUUAUUUUCCGUACUCUGGUCAUUUUGCAUUGUAAUUGGUUGGGAGCGAAUUUUCCGUCAUCCGCUUAUUUUGAUUCCACCGUGCCUCAUAUUUCAAAUACAGUGGUACCUCGGGUUAAGAACUUAAUUCGUUCCGGAGGUCUGUUCUUAACCUGAAAUUGUUCUUAACCUGAAGCACCACUUUAGCUAAUGGGGCCUCCUGCUGCCGCUGUGCCGCCGCUGCCCAAUUUCUGUUCUCAUCCUGAAGCAAAGUUCUUAACCCAAGGUAAUAUUUCUGGGUCAGCGGAGUCUGUAACCUGAAGCAUAUGUAACCUGAAGCAUAUGUAACCCGAGGUACCACUGUACAGUGGUACAUUGGUGAUCGAACGGCUUGGCUCCUGAACAAAUCAGCUCCCAAACGCCACAAACCCGGAAGUAAGUGUUCCGGUUUGUGAACGUUUUUUGGAAGCCGAACAUCCGACGGGGAUUCCAUGGCUUCCGAUUGAGCGCAGGGAACUCCUGCAGCCAAUCGGAAGCCACGCCUUGGUUUGUGAACGGUCUCCCAGAACGGAUUAAGUUCGACAACCAAGGUACCACUGUGGGUUGCUGAAGGUUACUUUAAUCGGUUUAAGUUUGAAAGGUCGCAUUUUUUCCAUUGUGGCUGGAUCAGAUUGUUACGGCGGGGUAGGGGGUGGUCUUUGUUGUGAAUUUUGUCAUCCGCCUUGUAUAUCAUAAAGGUAGCAUACAAAUUUGAAAGGAAAGGAAGAAGGUACAAGGGUGCAGAGGGCUGGGAAGGAGAGAGAGAGAGAGAGAGAGAGAGAGAGAGAGAUAUCUGUAUCACUACAAGCCUUGACUUCCCACCCCUCUUUCCCAAACUCUCUUCCAAGGCAAAUGGUGGCCUAGAAGUCUCUUUGCAGCAAAGCGUCUACGUUGGAGGUGAGUAAAACACUCAGGCUGAGCCGGGAAUCCUAAGAGCUGGUGGCACUCACGGGGAAAUAAGAGCGCAGAGGCUGCAGUGUUGCGCAGUUCCUUUUCUCACUCUCUGCACAAGCCCAUCCUUUCUCUACCUCUUGUGCUCGUUUUAUUUAUUACAUUAUAUACUGUCUUCAUCUUGCAAGAUCUCACGGUGGUGUGCCUGGUCCCCCUCCUCCUCCUCCCCAUCACAACAAACAACCCUGCGAGGUAAAAGGUAAAGGGUCCCCUGAUUGUUAGGUCCAGUCGUGACCGACUCUGGGGUUGCGGUGCUCAUCUCGCUUUAUUGGCUGAGGGAGCCGGCGUACAGCUUCCGGGCCAUGUGGCCAGCAUGACUAAGCUGCUUCUAGCGAACCAGAGCAGCGCAUGGAAACGCUGUUUACCUUCCCGCCAGAACGGUACCUAUUUAUCUACUUGCACUUUGACGUGCUUUCGAACUACUAGGUUGGCAGGAGCAGGGACCGAGCAACGGGAGCUCACACUGUCACAGGGAUUCGAACCGCCAACCUUCUGAUCGGCAAGCCCUAGGCUCUGUGGUUUAACCCACAGCGCCACCCGCAUCCCACCCUGCGAGGUGGGUUAGGCUAAGAGACGGUGGCUGCCCUGAGGUCACCCAUGGCGGAGCAAGGAUUCGAACCCUGGUCUCCCAGGCCCUAGUCCAACGCUCUUAACCGUUUCGCCACACUGGCGAUUCGUAGGCAGCUCAGAGAGCAAGAACACGCAGAGGGCCGCAUGAAAUUAGAGCCAAGGGCCACACUCCUCAUUCCAGCACUGUGGAAUGCCAUUCAGAGUAUAAUGAGAGGAUGGGUGCAAUUUGCUUAGUACCUUCAUUUGGUGGGAGCGAGGAACAAUUUCAGGUUUGUGCAUCUUCACUGCAGGCAGAGAAGUUGUUUCUGUGCUUCCCCUACUCCAAAUUUACAUGCCCCAGUUGUGAGCGUUAGCAAUGAUCUGUUGAGUUUUCCACCUUGUGCUGCUGGAUGUGUUUUCAUAGCUCCUUUCUGUCCAUAGAUGCAGCUGGGCGACCACCAAACUGGGCCCCGGGACACAAGAAGAAGGAUUUCUCAUGCAGCGACCGCUUGGUAUGCGAUCAAUUCUUCUCUUUCCUGUCUUCUCCUUCAGUUUCCCUUAACCACAAAACAGAAAAUUUGGCCACCCUGGAUUAAAGAACAACUGCUCUGGUUUAGCACCCACUAUUCCCCCUCUUCUCUUCCGCCAGGUUUUUUUUUUUUAAUUUCAAAAAUAAUUUACAUACUUCCAUUGAUAUGCUGCAAUAUCAGGGCGGCGUGCAGAAAACAUCAUUGAAAUAAGUGUGUAAUCAUUAAACAAUGCAAAACAGUCAUUGUCAUCAACCUGGUUGUCAACAUUGACCGAAGGGUCCCUCCUGUUUUUACUUAGGCAAGAUGUGAUUGCUGUCAUGGAAAUGCUGUUCAGGACUGUAUUUUGUACCCAGGUAAAUACUAGAUACACAGAACUUGCCCUCUAGCAUCCUUAGAAUAUCAGCAUUCAGUCAAAAGCCAAGUUUCUAGCACUCAUGGGAUUCCUCUUUAUUUACAGUCAUACCUCGGGUUGAAGUAGCUUCAGGAUAAGUAUUUUGGGUUGCACGCUGCGCACCCGGAAGUACGGAGCGCGUUACUUCCAGUUUCGUCACUCGCGCAUGCGCAGACGGUCAAAAUGACGUCAUGCGCAUGCGCGGGCUGGCGGAGUCUGCAACAUGAUGCGGAUGCGGGUUGCGGUACGCUUCUGGAUGCAAGCGGGACUCAGAACGGAUCCCUUUCAGCAUCCAGAGGUACUCACUGUAUUUUUAAAAAUUAAAAAGCAAACUUUUUGUGUAUUUAAAACAUUUCUAUCCCAUCUUUCCUUCAAAAGUUCAAGGUGGCAGGUUUUAAUAGUCCUCCACUGAAAUCUAGGGAGGGGGGAUGAAACCAUGGCCUUUCACCUCAUUUUCUCCCUCUACCACCUUUCUUGAUGUCCUCAAAUCCCACAGAUAAUUUGGAAACCUCACAUCACUAGUCUUAGGAAUGUUUUGGCCAUGGGUAGGCAAACUUAGGCUCGGGGGCCGGAUCCUGCCCAAUCGCCUUCUAAAUCCGGCCAGCGGACGGUCCAGGAAUCAACGUGUUUUUACAUGAGUAGAAUGUGUCCUUUUAUUUAAAAUGCAUCUCUGGGUUAUUUGUGGGGCCUGCCUGGUGUUUUUACAUGAGUAAAAUGUGUGCUUUUAUUUAAAAUGCAUCUCUGGGUUAUUUGUGGGGCAUAGGAAUUCGCUCAUUCCCCCCCCCCAUAUAGUCCGGCCUGCCCCAAGGUCUGAGGGACAGUGGACUGGCCCCCAGCUGGAAAAGUUUGCUGACCCCUGGUUUUGGCUAUUUGAGGAAGUGGUGCCUUGCAGUGAAGCGUUUGAGCUGGAAAAAGGGAAAAAGUUGUACUGAUGUGCUUUCUACACAAAAAUCUGGGCUGGUAUCGGCAGCCCACAUCGAGCACCUAGCAGCCAGCUACUAGCCAACAGGCAUACAUGCGCUACUGCUGCCUUCGGUAACCAGUUGUGCACCAGAUGUUUUAGAAACGAGAAUACGAGCCCGAGAAUACAGUGGUACCUUGGAUUAAGUACUUAAUUCGUUCCGGAUGUCCGUUCUUAACCUGAAACUGUUCUUAACCUGAAGCUCCACUUUAGCUAAUGGGGCCUUCUGCUGCCGCUGUGCCGCUGGAGCCCAAUUUCUGUUCUUAUCCUGAAGCAAAGUUCUUAACCUGAAGCACUAUUUCUGGCUUAGUGGAGUGUGUAACCUGAAGCGUAUGUAACCUGAAGCGUAUGUAACCUGAGGUACCACUGUAUCUGCUUUCUCUUUUUGAAACGAGUUGCUAGCCCUCAUGGUGCAGAGUGGGGUGGGGCGGACCUGAAAAUGUGUAGGCAGCGAAAUCUUAGAAGUCAGCAGGGGACUAAGAAGGGAAGCGAAGGCAGAGCUUCAGUGCCCCUUAUCCCUUCCUGGUGGUACACCUAUCGGGAAUAUUUUCUUAUCAUUCUCCUCGUUCUCUCAAUCCUAGACAGAGGAUUUCAAAGCCUUAGGCGAAUUUGGAAGCAAAUGACACAAGAUGAACAGGCCGAGAAGCAAAUUGCACGUACUGGGUGUACUUUUGUUGUGGCCACGGAGUGUGUGCGUUCUGGCUGCCAAGAGUACAAGUCGUUCUCAUCAGCUCACACUUUUUCUUGGCUCCUUUCCCCACAUUAACAGCUCUCCCUUCUGCCCGUCCUCACAGUUCGCUCUGAAUGCUGGGCUUCCCUUCCGCACCCCCGAAGUGUAUUUCCUGGGCUGGAAAGAGCCACCGUUUGCACUCCCCAACUUUGAUCCGGUGAAUGAUUUCUCUUUCUUUUAGAGCUGAGCUCGCUUUUGCUUUCUGUUCAUAUAGAACCGGGUUUUGCCUUUUUGCAUGCCAUUAAUUUGACUCUGAGAGGGACGCGGGUGGCGCUGUGGGUUAAACCACAGAGCCUAGGACUUGCCGCUCAGAAGGUCGGCGGUUCGAAUCCCCGUGAUGGGGUGAGCUCCUGUUGCUCGGUCCCUGCUCCUGCCAACCUAGCAGUUCGAAAGCACGUCAAAGUGCAAGUAGAUAAAUAGGUACCGCUCCUGCGGGAAGGUAAAGGGCAUUUCCGUGCGCUGCUCUGGUUCGCCAGAAGCGGCUUAGUCAUGCUGGCCACAUGACCCGGAAGCUGUACGCCGGCUCCCUUGGCCAAUAAAGCGAGAUGAGCGCCGCAACCCCAGAGUUGGUCACGACUGGACCUAAUGGUCAGGGGUCCCUUUACCUUUAAUUUGAGUCUGAAUUGAUUUUAGAAUGAAUUGAUUUUAGAAUGUAUUUCAAUUAAAUGAUUAUGAUUUUAUGUAAACUGUGUUAUUUUUACUGUUGUUAGCUGCUCUGAGCCCGGCUUUGGCUGGGGAGGGCAGGAUAUAAAUAAAUUAUUAUUAUUAUUAUUAUUAUUAUUAUUAUUAUUUUGUGAUCUGCAAAACGAUCUUUGCAGGUUGGUAUUUGGAGGAGGAGAGGGGGCUUUUGAGUCUGUCAGAGAAUGGGCUUCCCAGGGACCACCUAAUGAGCUCAUGGCAGAGGGUGAGAUUCAAAUUGGGGGAUUUUGGAUUUUCGCCAGCAGUCUCUGGGAUGGGGAAACCUCUGGCCCUCUGCAUAUUAUUGGACUCCAACUCCCAUCAUCCCCAUCUAGCAGGGCCAGUCAAUGGUCAGGGACGAUAGCAGUUUAGUUCAUCAACAUCUAGAGGGCUACGGGUUCCUGCUCUAGGGCAUCUUUGCUCAAAAAUAUGACUGAACCCAGGUCCUCUUUACGGCUGACAAGUGGCAGGAGCAGUGGGAAUGAUUGCUGAACAAAAGAUCGCCUUUAAUAAACCUCCAAAGAAAGUUACUGGAAAGGUUUGCCUGUUGCCGCUUGUGGUUCCCCACUUCCAAGAUUUGUGGGAAGCUGAAGGCAAAAAAAGUGUUGCGUGCCAGCAUGUUCUCUGCCUACUCAGAAGGCCGUUUAAAAAAGGAAAGCCAUGUGGGUGGCAGGACCAGAACUUUAUCCUAAACUGUGGCUGAGCAGUGGGCUUGCCUGCUAGUCAGUUAAGCAGCUUUUGAGUCAGCAACUGUGAUUUAUUUAUUCUUUGCUGAGAAAACCUGCACGUAGUCACCUGGCUAUUCUUGCAAAGUUUUACAUUCGCAUUAUUUUAGCACCUUAUUCCAAUUUAGAGUGUGCAUUUCCCCCCUUUUCUCUGCCCCCACUGAAAUUGGGCCUGGCGAGAUCUGCAAAAGCAGAGGGUUUAUUAGGCACAGCUGACAGACUUGCCUAACACUAUUACAUACAAUGUCUGAGUCUCUGUUACCGUAUUUUUCGCUCUAUAAGACGCACUUUUUCCCUCCUAAAAAGUAAGGGGAAAUGUGUGUGCAUCUUAUAGAGUGAAUGCAGUCUGCGCGGCUAUCCCAGAAGCGAGAACAGCGAGAGGGAUCGCUGCGCAGCGCUCCCUCUUGCUGUUCUAGCUUCUGGCUUAGCUGCGUGAAGCCUCUUCAGGGCACGGGGAGCCUUCAUCCCGCUGCCCUGAGGAGGCUUCGCGCUCCCUUUAAAGAGCGCACGGCUCUUGCUGGCUUUUGCGGGAGGUGGGGGAAGGGACAGAGGGCAACCCCUCAGUCCUUUCCCCCACCUCCUGGAAAAGCCCGCAAGAGCCGCGCGGAGCGUGUGUGCGGUUCUUGGGGGCUUUUCCCUGAAGAGGGAGAAGGGCAGCCCGUCAGUGAUGGACUGCCCUUCUCCGUCCUUGGGGAAAGGCCUGCAAGCACCGCAGACACACUCCACAAGACUUGUGAAAGGGAGCGCUGAGCAGAGCCUGGGACGCAUACAGGCUCUGCUCAGCGUUCCCUUUAAAGAAUAUUUUUUUUCUUGCAUUCCCCCUCUAAAAACUAGGUGCGUCUUAUGGUCAGGUGCGUCUUAAAUAUGGUAUAUUCAUACAUUUGCCAUUAUUGUCUCCUCUUACACAGCGAACACUGGACCCCAAGGCACAGCUGUACGAUCCUCCAGACGCUUGCCUGACCUCUUCCUUCCCAGAAGUGGUUGUAGCUGUUGGCUUCCCUGCUGGUGAGUGGCCAUUCGCACCUUCUUUAUCCAAGCUUUGUUUUCCAAAACUUUGUGCAAAAGGUUCCUCCAGUCUCAACAAGUGUUCAUGGGCAACAGAUGCCCUUCCCUGGGGAGUUUCCAUGCGCUUCAAUUCCCAACUGGAGUUUAGCUUUUUUGCUAAACCCAGAACUGUUUGUCAGGCUUUUUCCUCCCUUGGUUAGUCAAAAGCAGGGGUCAGCAACAUUUUUCAGCCGUCGGCCGGUCCACCGUCCCUCAGACCUUGUGGGAGGCCGGACUAUAUUUUGAAAAAAAAUAUAAAUGAAUUCCUAUGCCCCACAAAUAACCCAGAGAUGCAUUUUAUAUAAAAGCACACAUUCUAUUCAUGUGAAAACGUCAGGCAGGCCCCACAAAUAACCCAGAGAUGCAUUUUAAAUAAAAGGACACACAAAACGAAUAUAGAAGGUGAGAGAUGGACCUAUGAAGACCUCCUGGAAAGAUCUGAAAAAGGAUGGAAAAUCAGACCCUAUGAAGAGCUAAAAGACAAACUAACAGGCUGGCUGCAGUACCAUCAAAUUAAUGCCUUAUGGAAAGAAGACAAAAAAACUGGGAUGAAUGAGAAAAAAUCUAGGUUCCAGGUAGAGAUUAUAGAAAGUAAAACCAAACUUCUAUCCAAAAUGUAUAACCUGUUACUAGAAUGGGAUACUAAGGAUAAGGAGGUCAAGGAAGUUAUGAUAAAAUGGGCAAUAGACUUUGGAUAUAAUUUGGAUUAUGAUAAUUGGACGAGGCUAUGGAAUAAAGGUAUGAAAUUUACUGCCUGCACCACCCUUAGAGAAAAUAUGGAAAAGAUGAUGUACCGUUGGUACAUCACCCCCGUGAAAUUAGAAAAAAUGUAUAAGACCGGGGAUAAUAGGUGUUGGAAGUGUAAAUCCAAAGAAGGCAGUUUCUAUCAUAUGUGGUGGAAGUGUGAAGAAAUAAAAAUUUUUUGGGAAGCCAUAUACAAUGAAUUGAAAAAGAUACUUAAAUACACCUUUGUUAAAAAACUCGAAGCCUUCCUCCUAGGUAUGAUCGGAGAUGAGAUUAAAAAAGAAGACUACAUAAUGUUUCAAUAUGCAACUGUAGCUGCUAGGAUUCUACUAGCACAAAAUUGGAAAACCCCUAAUAUCCCGACUGUUAAAGAUUGGCAAAUUAAACUAUUUGAAUACUUAGAAUUGGCAAAAAUGACGCAGAAUAUCAGACAGCAAAAAGAUACAAAGUUUAAUGACGAUUGGACCAAAUUUAUAACAUAUAUGGAAACAAAUUCUAGAAAUCUAAAAAUCACAAUAGGUUUAACAUAAUUCUUGCGAUGCAUAGAUGAUAUAAAAUGAAAACUGCAGAAUGCAAUUACAAUCUUAUAUAAUCCAAAACCGAGAUGGAGGGAAGUCAAUUUGUGUGUUUCUUUUUUGGUCCGUUUAGGUUUUCUGUUGUUUGUUCUUGUUUUUGUUUUCUCUUUUUUUUAUGUACGGUUGUUUUGUUUUUCUGUUUGCUUAUGAAAAUUAAUAAAAAGAAUUUUAAAAAUAAAUAAAUAAAUAAAUAAAAGGACACAUUCUACCCGUGUACAAACACGCUGAUUCCCGGGCCGUCCGUGGGCCGGAUUUAGAAGGUGUUUGAUCCGCAUCCGGCCCCCAGACCUUAGGUUGUCUACCCCUGGUCAAAAGGCUGGGGGGAAUUGGGCUCGGAAUGAUGGGGCUGUGCUUUCGCUAGAGAGGCUUAUGCUACAGAGCAGUAGAAUUGUGGAAUAAGGCACCUUUACUAACAGCCCAAUUGGAUGUCAGGCUUCAGGGAACCAGCUUCCUCCCCCGUGGCAAUAGAUAAGCAGAACAAAGGAAAAGGAGUCUUCUUACCAGUUAGAAACACAGCGAGAGAACAAAGAACACAUCUCCUAGUAAUGGCGGUGCUCCCAAUUAAAGAGCUAGUUCAGAAAGAAAAGGAGGGCCUUGUGAUAGUCAGGGAUGCUGCGAGGACAAUGUUGCAGAGUAUCAAAGCUAUGUCUGCAGCAGGGACCUUUGAGAUGGAUGUAAAUAUUUCUAGCAAAGUGUACGGUGCCACAACUGAUGUUGGGUCAAAAAGCCCUGGGAAACGCUGCUCUACCAUUUUAUCUUUUAACCAGAGUUCAAAACUCCGAUUGCUCUCGGCGCAUUUUUCGACAGGGAAUUUCAGUAGCGCGAGCAGUUUCUGAGCUCUGGGAGCAGUACUGCGCCUACGAUUUCAGAUUAAAACUGCAGAGUGGAAGGAAAGGAGGACCUUUUUCUGCCUCCCCACUUCAAGCCACUCUCUGAAGACUGGAGAAGAGACCCUCUUAAGAAUAUUAGGGGGGUGGGCAGGGGAAGGAGGACUAGACCAUGUGAAAAAAUGAACAUAAUAUUUUAGCUGCAGUUCAUUCAUUUUCAGCUAUGUAUUCUUGUUAUUAAAAAAAAGUGUGCCUGGACAUUACGCUGUUGCAGCCACAACCUGGGCUUAAGGUGCCAUUUAGCUCCUUGCUUUCAUAUCUCAGAUUCUAACACUGCUUUUAACACCACCGUCUUCUUCUCUCGCUCCAGCUGGCAAGUCAACUUUUUUGAAGCGACAUUUGGCCUCUGCUGGUUACGCCUAUGCCAACCGGGUAAGUAGGAGACGUCGGCUGCCUGGGAGUAAGUCCUGCUGAAUUCAAGAGGAUGGUCCUGCCUGUCUUCUUCCUCCUCCUCUCCUCUCUUCUAACCCAUCUUCUCCCACUCCCCCUUACAGGACACACUUGGCUCAUGGCAGAAGUGUGUGGCCACAUGCCAAGCAGCACUGCAGGCAGGGAAGAGCGUAAUAGUGGACAACACCAAUCCGGACUUGGAAUCAAGAUCCAGGUGAGGCUUCUCUGGUCACCAGAUGUGGUGAUGUUGCUCAUCCAGCAGGCAGGAGGCUUCCAAAGUUCUCUAAAAAACCAUUGUGCCCUUUCCCCCCCACCAGGUAUAUUGAGUGCGCCAAGGAAGCCGGCGUUCCCUGCCGCUGUUUCCUGUUCACUGCUUCAUUGGAACAAGCCAAGCACAACAACAGAGUGAGUAGUUUGUUAGGAAAGUUAUCAAAAAGCUUCUGCCUCUUUUUCUCCAGAGGAGGGACCAGAUCACCUGUUUGAACUCGUGUUCCCCACUCUUCUGCUUUCACCCCGGUUCUGGAGAAAUAAAUCAAGACUGCAAAAGGAUUUCUCUCUCUCCAUCUCUCUCUCGUAUAGUCAGCCUUAUCAUUAGCCAAACUGUCAGGCUGCCCCUUCCCAGAGCUGGAGAUGCCUAUUUAUCGGAGAGCUGUACCACAAAGUGACUCAUGGGAGACCUUGGUUUGUUAGGGAGCCACCUGUCUUUGGAGAAGUGCCCUGAUGGACAGUGUCAAUAGUUUAGUAAAUGAGAGCCCUGGGAUUUAGGAGAGAUGGCUGGAUUUGAGCCCCUGCUUUUCCAAAUUGUUAAGGGUUGAGGCAUCUGCGACCCUCAACCUAAUGUCAUGUGACAUGGAGGGAGCACCCAUUUCUGGCACAUCACUGGCAUGUGGUCCACCGCCAAAAAAGUUACUUCAUUCCUGCUUUAACUCAGCAACCUAAGACUGUGACGUGUACCUCUUCUGUUUAUGAAUAGCCUCUCUCAGAAGUGAUGUACAGCAUUCUUAACCCGCCGUAUCUUAUACAGUUGUACCUUGGUUCACGAACGGAACCCGUUCUGGAAGUCCGUCUGACUUUUGAAAACAAAGACGCGGCUUCCGAUUGGCUGCAGGAGCUUCCUGGACUCAAUUGGAAGCUGUGUUGGACGUUCAGCUUCUGAAAAACGUUCGCAAACUGGAACACUCACUUCCGGGUUUGCAGCACCCGGGAGCCAAAACAUUCCGAGUCAUAAGGCGUUUGAGAACCAAGGUACAACUGUAGCCGAAACUACUCUGAAAGUGAAGUCUGGAUUUCUGUUUACUCUGAUGUGUUGUGGGAGGGACGGGACACGUUUUAAAUAGAUUGCUACUUGACAUGUGCCCCCAAGCUCCUGGAGUUUCCCUUUGUCUCUUUCCAGUUAGUGCUGCCCCCCCGUGUUUUGUUUUGUUUCCUUCUGUCUUUCUGUUGUGUCUAAUCAAAGCACAUCCUUCAUGAACUUACCCAGUCCUCUUUGCUAGCUGUGUAGGCUAUUGGCCAGUGCAGAUUAACUGUGUGCUGUGGGAAGCACUUCUGAAGUGGAUCCUCCUCGUUUCUUCAUGCUCUGACACCAGCCAGCUUGCCCCCAAGGGGAACAUCCCCAUGUCUUGUUCAAAUAAGCAGCCCCCAGAAUGACUAGAGAGCAACCUCUUUUUCUUCUUCAUUUCAGUUCCGGGAAAUGACGGAAAAGGGGCAUGUGCCCGUGAAUGAUAUCGUCCUGAACAGUUAUAAGUGAGUUUCUGAAUUACUUAUAGGAGGGAGGGAAGCUUGUAGUGGCAUGAGGAGGGGAAAAGGGUGCAGCUCCUAUGAAACUAAUGAAUCUUAAGCUUUGGGGGCCCUAAUCCCAAUGGCCCCAGAAGCGACUUUAGGCCAUGUUGCUUAACAUUUCUAGUAGACCCAAUCUGAGUCGCACAACUCAAAUUGAUUUUUUGUUGUAUAUUCUUCAGCAGUCCCAAAGUUUUGAGAGUCAGUAGCACAGAUAUUGUAAAGGUGUGACGAUCUGUCGUAGAACAACCCCAUUGAAGAAGAUAGCAGUGGUGGUUGCCCAGACCUCGUUGCUGGUUGCGAGGCCCCCCCCCCCCCAGUAACAGUUCAAGCUUCAGGGCCCCCCAAAUGUAGGUCCGGCCACUGAUGGGGAAGGCUGUUUCUGUACCGCCACCCUGAUUUCUUUGGCAGCUAGCCGUCACCCGCUAAAGAAUGAAGAAAGCAGAAUUGUACACUUGCGUUGAACAAACUAUAUUUUGUUGUGUUUGUUAUGCACAAAUAUUGCAUGUUCCCAUCACCCAGCUCUCACUUGAUAAAAACAAACUACUAGCUCUCAAGGUGGUUUGUGUAGAAACAAAGGGGAAAUGGCCUGUUUUGAACUUCAACCCUGAGAUGUACUGUGGGGGAUUAGACACUUCUCCCCAUGUCCAUUUUCAUUUUUAAGUUUCGCCAUGAAACACCCAAGUAAAAAUAUAUGCACUUAACACUAACUUAGUUCCAAAAAAUAGGCUGAGGACUGAAUAGGCUGCAUCUCUGAAACAUCACUUAAAACUCUCUCUCUCUCUCUCUCUCUCUCUCUCUCUCUUUCUGCUAGGAAUAAGUUUGUGGAACCAUCGUUGGACGAGGGUUUCUCUGAAAUCCUCAAGAUUCACUUUGUGCCUCAGUUUGCAGAUUCUCAACUAGAGUCACUUUACCGGCAAUUUUCUGAGGGAUGACACUGUCCUGCUAUUUGCACCCAUCUGACAGAGCCUUUUUUUCGAAAUGUACCUCUCUGUUGCCAAAGAAAGGUAUACUUAUGAAGUGUGAUGGCUCCCCCUGCUGGUCAAAGGGGACCCUCGCUUUGGGCUAUAGAACGUCCUCAGGCUGUUUGAAAAUGGGAGUGGAGACUAUAUAAUAGGAUUCCCUUUUCCCCUGUGAAAAGGCAUUUUAGAAACCAUGAGAAAUAAAAGUUUUGGAACCCAAACAAUUGUCCUCUUAUUUUUCAGGUGAGAGCUAUAGAUCUCUUUGUCACCCAAAUAAAGCCAGAACGGGGAAUUUACAUUAAGACUUGUUUUUGGAAACAAUUCUGCUCUUGGGCUAGCAUGCCUAGAACUAUAGGGAACAGUUGGAGAAGGAUAAAAGACUGGUGACAAAUUAGCUCUUGCUUUAGAAAAGCUCUAGUCUGGUUAUACUUAUUCCCUGCCCCUCAGCAGAGCCAACGUUCCGCACCAGAUUAAGAAAGGGUGACAAAAUUAAAUGUGAAGUUGAGCACUGAAAUGUACUUGAAAGCAUCACAUUCUUUUGUAUGAGCCACAGAGUACGCAGCUCCAAAGAGGCCCUUUCCAU